AGGAGGGAGAGGAAAGGAGGGAGGGGGCUUGGAAAGCAUCUCCACGGAUCGUCCACUCUAACCUAACCAGUGACUGGCACCGCGGCCAAACGUGCUCCGGCACCCACACAAUCUUGCCAGUCUCCAGAGCGGAACUCUCACUUCUGUGGAUACGGUGGCAUUGGUCAGGGACGGAGGGGCUCUCUCCUCGGCCAUUCUCAGGAACACCUGCACAGGCUGGACACCCACAGUUCGGAGCAGAUGUGCAAAGAACAGCUGCCAGCUUCCCGCAGAGCAGAGCCAGUCCUGAGGCGUUGCCACCUGCUCCCAGGGGUAUUUGACCACUGGUUAGCUGGGGAGGACAUCAGAGAACAGGAAACCUGGGAAAUCACAAACAAUCAUCACGCCAAUGGAAUUUGAUGUCUGGAGAUAUUCAAUCUGAGGAAUAUUCUGGAGUAUUAUUCCUGACAUCCAAAAAGAGACUACAAGAGAAGACAAAUGGGGGAGUUUCCAAUGCGAGUUUUCCAGCAUUCUCUGUGAAUUAUGGCAGAGUCUGCUUCAAUGUUGAGUCCUGUAACUAACCGCACAGCACUGAAUGACACAUCCAGUCUCUGGGAGCCUAUGCCUACAGCUCCCAGCAUGCAGCUGGGUGUCCUGCCCAACUCACAAUCCCGCCUCAAAGACCUGGUGGGGAUGAUCUUCAUGGUGACUCUGAACUUGGUGGCUCUCCUGGCCAACACGGCCGUGAUGGUGGUCAUCGUCAAAGCCCCGCACCUGAGAAAGUUUUCGUUUGUCGGUCACCUGUGUGUGGUGGACCUGCUCUGCGCUGUACUGCUGAUGCCUCUGGGCAUUGUGACCAGCUCACCCUAUUUUGGAACAGUAGCUUUCACUGUGCUAGAAUGUCAGGUCUACAUCUUCCUGAAUGUGUUCCUCAUCUGUGCCUCCAUCUUCACCAUCACUGCGAUCAGCAUCGAGAGGUACUACUACAUUGUGCACCCCAUGAGGUACGAGGUGAAAAUGACACUCAAUCUGGCCAUCGCUGUGAUGGUCCUCAUAUGGGUCAAGUCUGUCUCACUGGCCCUGGUCACCUUGUUUGGCUGGCCAGCGUAUGGUAACAAAAGUUCCAUCAGUGCAGCCCACUGCUCCCUACACUGGAGUCACAGUGACUACAGGAAGGUGUUUGCCAUUGUGUUCACCGUGGUGUGCUUCUGCCUCCCAGCCCUGGUGAUCUUUGCUGUGUACUGUAGGGUAUACAGGGUGGCCCGAAUGGCCGCCCGUCAGCAUGGUCCUCUCCCUGCCUGGGCUGCCAAGCCCAAGCGUCGCUCAGACUCCAUCAACAGCCAGACCACCAUCAUCACCACAACACGCAACGUCCCGCAGCGGCUGUCCCCGGAGCGGAUCUUCGGGGGUGGCAAGGCCGCCUUGACCCUUGUCGUCAUCGUGGGCCAGUUCUUGCUCUGCUGGUUGCCUUACUUCUCUUUCCACCUGCACCUCUCCCUGAAUGCCUCACUCAGGAGUCCUGAAGACGUGGAGGGUACCGUCACCUGGCUGGCCUUUUCCUCCUUCGCUGUAAACCCCUUCUUCUACGGGCUUCUGAACCGGCAGAUCCGAGAGGAACUAUGCAAGCUGCGGAGGUGCUAUGGUGCCCGGCCCAUGGAGCCACCGGCCUCCAGCCACGAUGGCUGUCCCCACGAGAACUUCCUCCAGUUUCUGCAGAGGACCAGCUACACAGCUGAGACCCAGUCCAGCUGCAUCAACUCCAGCCCCCGGAACACAGUGGACCAAAAAGUCACUGGUCUCAGAAUUCCUGGGCAGAUUCCAGAGGAAUUCAGUUAAAAUUCACAUGGAAUUAGAUGGCUCUGUAAUACAUUUGUGUUCCGCCCUGGGACAGGAACCAAGUCACUGUGAAUUCUGUGUUCAAAACCUCAUAACAGCAAUGCUGUCCUCAA